CAGGCCAAAAUGGAAACCGUGACGUGACUCAUUAAUUUUGGCCUGCAAACUUUGUUUUGCAUGUAAUUUGAUAGUUAGUCUAGCAGUAUCUGGACAUAUAAAGGCUAGUGUCUCCGAGGAACUCACAAUUGUUGAAAAGGAAACCGAGUGUCGGGACAAGUUCGAAAAGAAAUUCAGCACCGGACUGGAAGGAACUUGUCGUAAACUUGAAGCAACUACAAGUAGGCCCCCUAUACCGCAUGUGCGUGCCGUUGUCAGCAGUGGAGACUGUACAUGUAGUGUACUGCUGCAAGUGGUUGCCUUGGACAGAAUUUCCUUUACGAAGACAAAACUCGAAGAAGUCAGUUCACAGAUAAUGCCAUAUGGUAUGUUCACGUCCACCUGGUUUCCCACGGUUCCAACAGAGAUUGGAUGAUUCAACAUCAUGUCAUUCUUUUCUGCUGGUCAUUUGCUGGAGACUAUAGAAGAGUCCAGCGAUAGUGAUCUUGACAGCAAUGGCUUUGACACAGCAUCUGAAGGUGAAGAGGCGCCAGAGUUCACCCAGCAAUUGGUGGAUCAAACAACCAGGGAGGGGGAAUCAGUCAUCUUUGUCUGUACAAUCACUGGCCACCCCAAACCGGAUGUGAAUUGGUUCAGGAAUAAGUCGGCCAUUGGGAAACACGAAGACUUCACCAUCGCUGUGAGCAGAGACAGAUACAGCCUGCAGAUCAGCCCGGCAUAUCCUGAAGACACUGGUAUCUACACAGCCCAAGCAUCCAACAGUUCCUGGGUGAGAUGUUCACAGGCAAGAUUAACGGUCAAAGAAUUCUUCACAGACAGUGAUGAACUGAAUGGUCUGUGCUUUGGUAAUGACCUUCAACAGGCAGAUGGUAGCAGUGAAGAUGAAGAUUCAUCUGCUGACGUAGACCCAGAGACGGAGGCGGCGGCAAGGUUAGGCAACAACAAGGGGCAAGGACGGAGGUCAGGAAUGAUGGCCAAGAUGUUAAAGAAGAGAAUCCGGCUUAAGCCAGGAGACACAGCCUUGCUGGAGUGUUUCUUGGAUCCAUCCAAGGCAAAUGUCAAAGUCAAAUGGUUGAAAGAAGAUGAAGAGAUUAUUCCUGAGUUGUCCCAGCGUUACAAGGUGAGGCAUGAUGACAGCGGCGUCCACUCACUGGAAAUAAGUGAUAUCAUCUCAGACGAUGAGGGAGAAUACUCAUGUGUGGCGAGUUGUGAAGAUUCCACCACGUCUAACACCACACAGCUCAUCAUGAAAGAGAGAAAGCCCAAGCCAUGGGACCCAGUCCCAGCUCGCUUCCUGAAUCGCAUUGAAGACUUGAUUGUCACGGAAGGCGAGGAGGCUUUGUUUCGCUGUCAGAUUGUGGGUCACCCAGUCCCCGAGGUCACUUGGUACCAGGAUGAUGAGCAGCUGUUUCCAUGUCAGGACGUAAAGAUGACAUUUGACGGGCGGACAACAUUUAUGAUCAUCGCUGCUGCAUAUCCAGAAGACAGUGGCCAGUACACCUGUCAGAUCUACAAUGGGCUAGGAGGUCGCUUGACCUGCAGUGCUAACCUGAAAGUCAAGAAGAUCAAGUCCAAGAAACUGGUCCCCAAGCCACCAGAAUUUACUGAAGUCUUCCACGAUAGGACAGUGUCUGAAGGUACAGAAGUCAAGUUUGAGUGUCGAAUACGCGGUAACCCGAAGCCCAAAGUUGUCUGGCUGUUCAACAAUCGGGAACUCAAGCAGUCUCCAGAUUUUUUAUUCUUCCGCAAGCACAACCUGUACGUGUUACACAUCGUCGAAGCAUUUCCGGAAGAUGAAGGGGAAUAUACAUGCAAAGCUUUCAACUCGGUUGGGGAGACGCAGUGGAGCGCAGAGUUGUUUGUAGAGGAACAACAAUCCAUAAUUCCCUCCCCUGCCAUCGGACCCCACGCAGCUAACUUCUUCCGUCCGUCGUUCAUUAGCCACACCAAAGACUGCAAAGCCGUGGAGGGUGGUCCAGCAACAUUCAACUGUAAGGUGACUGGCUCCCCCGAACCGGAAGUGGUGUGGCUCUUUAAUCAGUUGCAGAUAGCAGAGAAUGAUCACUACAUUCUGGAACACGGGGAUGAUGGGAGUUGUAUGCUGAUCAUUCCGCAUGUAACACCCAAGGAUGUAGGGGAAUAUACGUGCACGGCAAGAAGUUCACUGGGUGUUGCUCAAAGUAUAUCCAACUUGGAAGUAACAGAAAGAAUCUCUGAUGAUGAUCAAGAGCCAGACAGUGGUUAUCGUGGUCAGGAUAUAAGUGAUGACUAUCGAUGCAGCAGUUCAGGAAGUACCGACGUUCCCUGUCGUCCUGUUGGCAAACCCAACGUCUCCAAAAUCGCUGGUGAAUCCAUCCUAUUGACGUGGGAGCCUGUACCUAACAAUGACUCAGAUUCUACUGUCAUGUACAUCAUUGAAGGCAAGGAUGCUAAUGAGGAGGACUGGGUGUUGAUAGCCACUGAUGUCACAGAUGCAUCCUACUGGGUGUCCAGCGUUAAUGCAGAGGGGACGUAUGUCUUCAGGGUCCGAGCCGAGGGAGAGAAUGGGAUUAGUGAACCUUCUGAGGAGUCUGAUGUUGUCUGUCUGAUGGAUUUAUUAUCUAAGAUCCAAGACACAUCAGCGUCUCCCUCCAAGUGUUGUCUGAAGAAACAGAAUUCCAUCUCCAUAGCCAAAGACAUCAAGCCUUUUUUCAUGGAAGGUCAAGAAGAUGUGUACGUCUUAGAGCACUCCACGGCUGUCCUGAGCUGCAAAGUCUUGUGUGAGCCUCCUCCCGUUGUCAAGUGGUAUCGAGAUGAGGACAUCGUGGACAACAAGAAGAUGCAGGCCAGCUACAAGGAGGAUGGAACAUGUCUGCUAGAGAUCAAGGACGUCACCUACAAGGACAUCGGCGAGUAUGAAUGCGUUGCUGAGAAUAAGACUGGAAAAGCUAGCUGUAGACUGUACCUUGAUGUUGCAGAGCCUCCUGACAUCAUCAAAGGAUUUCCUGACACCAGUGCCCCAGCAGGUGAGCAGCUUCGUCUAGACGUCCGCGUCGGUGGCAUCCCCGAGCCCGAUGUGAUCUGGUACAAAGAUGAGCGCCCGCUGUCCCCGACCAGUAAAUUCACCUUCCUGUUUGAGGGGGAGGACAUGUGCUCCCUGAAGAUUGACCAGGCGGUACCGGAUGAUGAGGGAUUUUACAAGAUGACAGCUAUCAAUAUGGCAGGGGAGGUAUCACAUUCUGCAAGGGUUACUGUACCAGAUCCGAUGAAGUUUUUCUUCUCUGACAGUCGGAUUAAGAUCAAGAAGGAUGUGACUGUUGAAGAUGAGUACGAAGUUCUGGCUGAACUCGGCAAAGGUGCGUAUGGUAUCGUGAAAAAGUGCAUCCACAAGGAGACCAAGAAAGAAUGUGCCGUCAAAAUCAUCCGAGUCAAGAAUGGGAUGUGGGAUGAUCUGAGAAGAGAAGUCUUGGUGAUGGGAAUGCUGGAUCAUAAACGUCUUGUCAGCAUCUAUGAUUCUUAUGAGACCAAGCAAGAUGUUAUCAUGGUCAUGGAACUUGUCAGCGGAGGUGAGCUCUUUGAGAGGAUUGUAUCUCGAGAUCACAUCACAGAGAGUGAGACGGUGUUCUUCAUCAAGCAAGUCAUUGAGGGAGUCCAUCACAUGCAUGAGAAGAAUAUAGUUCAUCUGGAUCUGAAGCCUGAGAACAUUCUCCUGGUGUCACCUGACUCGGAUGACCUUAAGGUCAUUGACUUCGGCUUGGCAAGAGUAGUGUCUCCGGACAGGGACGUCAUAUGCAAAUUUGGCACCCCAGAAUUUGUGGCCCCUGAGGUCGUCUGUAAGCAGCCGGUUUCUACUGCUUCAGAUGUCUGGAGUAUUGGUGUCAUGGCUUACAUUCUAUUGAGUGGAAUGUCUCCCUUCAUGGGCGACGAUGACAAGCAGACAUUAAUGAAGGUCAAACGUGGUUACUGGGACUUUGAUGAUGAGGUUUGGGACAGCAUUUCCGAUGAAGCUAAGGAGUUUCUCAAAGCUGUCCUGGUGCUGGAUCCAAAAAAAAGACUUUCGUUGGAUCAGUGUUUGCAACAUUCCUGGUUGAAGUUUGAUGAACGUCAUGACCAGGGUGUAGCUAAACUCAGUACACAGAGACUCAAGACAUUCAAUUCUCGACGGAAAUGGCAGAAAGCACUAACAGCCGUGAAAUCAGCAAUGAGGUUGAGACGUUUAUCCAGCAUAGCUGCAAGUGACAUUAACGCCUUCAGACAACGACAUCUACAAGGAAAGAGCCAUGGCCAAAGCACUGACUCACAGAAUAAAGAUGACAAAACCCCACAGGCUGAUGGUGAGGGAAGGGAUGACACACAGGGCGAGACAGGUAUGGGGUAUGGGUUUAUGGUAUGCACUGAGGAGGAUGAGGCUGCUGGUAUCCUGCCCCUGCCUUGUAUUAUUGAUGACAGUAUGGGCACCGAUGAUGAUGAGAAUCCUGCAUGUCUGGUCGUCCCUUCCCUUAUGGCACAAAGUUUUGUGGGUCACCCACUGCAUGUUACCAGCACGCAGAGCACCAGCUGUGUUGGACUGUCCACCGAGACCACAGAAAGUCCUCCAGUUUUCUCCAUCCAUCUCCAAGAAGUCAUCACCACUGGGGGCAAUGACCUCCAGCUGACCUGCAAUGUCAAAGGUCAUCCUCUGCCAACAUUUACCUGGUUGCACAAUGACAAGGAGCUGGUGGGAGGCAAACGUAUACAGCUGACGUCAGAUGGGAAAGGUCAAGGGUCACUGGUUAUCAUGCGAGUUGAGGAUGAAGAGGCCGGGAUGUAUAAAUGCAUUGCCACAAAUAAGCAAGGGAGUGCUACAAGUUGUGCCAAGGUUACUAUUUUCGAAAAACCAGAUGCUCCUCUAAGACCAAAGGUAUCCCUAGCUGCUGCGACUGAGGUAGUUGUAACUUGGAAUUUCCCCAGCACAAGAGUCACCAUCACAGGCUUCCGGUUACAAAGCAAGAAAGAAGAUGACAAACAAUGGAACAUUGUUGAGGAUAAGAUACAACAGUGCUUCAAACACAUCUCACCACUGCUUCCAUCUACCGAGUACCGGUUCCGAGUAGCUUGUUGCACACAGUAUGGUAUUGGUCCAUACAGUCGUUCAUCAGUCCCAACAACAACAUUACCCAUAGGUUCACAGCCUCUUAGCAUAGAAGCAAUCGCUAAAUUCCAGACAUUAUCAAGAAGUUGCAGUCUUGAUCAAGAUCAUAAAUCUUCCUCACGGGAGGUGAUACUUGAGAACUUCCCAGACGGAGGGAUUGAACAAACGAUUGAUUUGACGCUCAAGGAGAGCUUGCCGCAGAAAGCCUAUGAUUUCAACAUUGAAAUUGGGCGGGGUAGAUACGCUGUGGUGCGGAAAUGUUACAAGUACAGCACUGGAUUAGAAUAUGCAGCCAAGAUAAUGCUCUCGGCAGAACCUGUGAAUAAACAGAAUCUUCUGGAAUAUGAAAUCUUGAAAGAACUCAACCAUCCAAACAUUGUACAACUCCGCGAUGCUUUCUUGACAAAACGGUUCUAUGUACUCGUGAUGGAACGGUACUACGGGGGAGGGGUGAUGAGCCACCUCAUCCAGAAGGACAAAUACACAGAGCAACAGAUUGUACGAUUGGUGAGACAGCUACUGAGCGUGCUCAGUUUUUUGCACCAGAGGAAUAUCGUUCAUCUGGACAUGAGGCACGACAACAUCGUUUUGGAGAGCAGGAGGAGAGACGCACUUCGCGUCAUUGAUUUUGGGUCAGCGAGGAGAAUGGAAUCAGAUGAUGGAAUGAAGAUGGAAGGAUUGGAUUCACCACCAGAAUUUAUGGCUCCUGAGAUAGCGUCUGAUGGAUUGAUAGAAUAUGAGACAGAUCUUUGGGCCCUUGGCGUCAUGAUCUUUGUCUGGUUGAGUGGAACAUCUCCUUUCCUUGGACGCAAUCGAGAGAAGACAAUCUACAACAUCACCAGGUUGAAAGUGAACAGGAAACAUCUCUUUAAGAAUUGCACAGCUGAGGCCAAGCAGUUCAUCUGGGCAAUUCUGCAGAAAGAACCAAUUGAUAGGCCAUCAGUUGAUGAGUGUCUUGCCAGCCCCUGGCUCAGCGAUACUCCAGAGAUGAAAGCCAAGCGUGAGGCUGCUGUCUUCUCCUCCAGGAAGCUCCGAACACAGCGUACAGAGUACAAGUUCCGCUUACUAGCACAGCAAACAAGAGCAGACAUGUCACUGAGAAGGUACUCCUCAACGAUAGAGCUGAAAUCACCGGGAGCGACUGUAUCGCCCAAACCCAAAAAUGGAGUUCUAAACUCACUGGUUUAUCCGAAGGUCCAGACUUAAUGAAUGUGUCGUGUGACAUUGGUCACAUGAUCUGGUGGUAGUCACAUGACCAGGAAGCCAUUAUAUAUGGUAGCCUGAUUUUUCCUGAGUUUUUCUAAACCUGAACCUGUCAGCAUCAUCAACACAAGUGCAACAAACCAGUGGCAUAAUGGCACAUUUACUGUACUGAAAUGAUGUAAACUCCUAUUUAUUGAUUAUUGAAGCUGAUACCUAUCGUUAGGACUCAACUGAUAUCCAGCAAAACCACACAGAGUUUGAGGAUUUGGUGUGGUAAGGUUAAAAGUUUUGGGAAUUACUAUAAAAGUCACACAUUAGGCCGCAUAAAACUGGCAUCUUAGCAUGGUUUGCAGUUCCGUGUCAUCUUGAAGUUUGAUCAAGUGGAAGAAUACCGUUGUGGGCCACUUGGGGCUAAUGUGUGUCACAUAGGAGCAAUCUUUGAAUAAUCCUGCUCAAAGUUGCCAUCUACAAGAGUAAUGUAUUGCUGAAGUUGGCAGUUGUUGCUGUGAGGCCGUUUCCUAAAUCUUUCCUUGAAUAUUCCAGUUGACAGAGUGCAGUGUUUGCUGUAUUGAGUAGUGUCGACACCAAAAAUUCACUUUUUUUCAUUGGAAGAAUAUAUAAUUUUAAUGAAAAUCAAUAGUAUACAAAUUUGAAAUCAACGUGGAAUAUGAGUGUAGCAAAAUCAACUCUGUCUGUAAUGGCUACCGUGGUUUGCUAAAUGCGUGACUUCGUCCAAAUUAUGGUCACAAACUAAAGCCAUUACACGUCCAAAAGCAGCGCCCAUCAAUCAGUUGAAACUGUGUAAAGAUAUCUACUGCUAAAUCUCAUAUUUUCACUGCUGCGCUUGAAGGUGUUGAACAGUGAAACAUUUGGCAACAAAGGUAUCUUGAUCCAUACAGCAAACAGGGCACGAAACUCACUCCAACUGGGACAAACGUUAUUGAUCAUAGCACCGACAGGAUUCAUAAAUUUGUAGUAUAGCUUACUUGCCAUAACUGAAUAAUUCAACUUGUGCAAAACCUGUAUGUAUACCAACUGAUGAUGAUAUGUUUUAUAUAUAUAUAUAUAUAUUAUAUAUAUCUACUGAAUGUUACAUAAUGAUUAAUUCAUGCAGAAAUAUUGUACAUGAUCUCUAUGAGUGUUCGUAGCAUUAUUAUAGCACUUUCAGAUGCAUGUAUGGAGUGAAAUGUUAGGAAUUUGCUAGAAAUACUUCUCACUCAAAGACUCAGUGAAUAUUGGGUUUUAUUGAACUGUAAAUUGAAGAGGCUGCAGGCAUUCAACUGGAAUAUUGUAUUCCAUUUAUCAGUAAAAUUAUAAAAGAGACAGGAAGGGUUUUUCUAAUGCCAUCUGUCAUUUGGAUAUUAUAUUCGUUAACACCUACAUGUACUUUGGUGGUUGAUUUUAAGGGCAGAUCCAGAACAGCCAAUGAGGGACACGCCCCUACGACAGAGCCUUAUUAUUUCAUUUUUUUGGGUAAAACAAUGAAAGAAGAUUUUUGGUCAAUAUUAUUUCCAAAAGCAUGUAAAAAAGCCCUAAAAUGUAGCCUCACCCGUCAGAAAGGCCACAAAAGGUUACAGAUGAGAAAAUUCCAUAUGAUGAUUUGUCCCCCAGAAAGAAGCCCCCCCAGGAAAUUUGGUUCUCACUGGAUCCACCCUCGAGCUGUAGGAAUUACAAAUUGUCUCAUUGUCACUUUGACAUUGAGCAACUCUAACAAAACAAAAACGAAACAAGAAGCAAAACAAAGUAAAGUGCACAGCAUGAAACCCAUGACAAAUAAGUUCACCUUUUUCAAAUGAUAAAAACCAUAUUGGAAUGCAUCUCUUUUAUACCAAGAAGAUAAGAUUUACUGUAGACUAUGUAGAUAUUCCUUCUGUUUGAGAAGUAGAUAUAUUGAUAAUGAAAUUGAGAUGUUGAUUUUACUUCUGUGUGCUGAAUACUCUGUAUGAUUUUGGCUUAUGUUGUCAGUUUCAUGGCUUGUAGAUCAACAAUUCCUUCAGUUGUAGAUACAGUCCAACCUCGUUAAUAAGAGCACUGUUAGUUAAUGCAAGAUU